CCUCACAGCUUUCAAGCAAACGUGGCUUGCUCAUUGCAAGAGGGAAAGCAUGGGAGGUGCUUCUGCAGCUCCACUGAAGAAGGCUUCUCUGGGAUGAACAGAGCAGGGAAAUAAAGCAUGGGCAUUCUCUUGCUAUAACACAAAGCUCCCAGAGAGCAGGGCAGGGCAUGCCAUAGUUGCAGGAUAGGAGAAAGAAGGAGCAAGAAGAUCCUGGCUGUGCCAAAAGACUUCUGGAGAGAGGAUCCCAAGAGGGGUGUGCGCAUCUGCCUGGACAUCUCCUGCCCAUCCCCUAAGCUGGGGAAGGACCCAUGAUGGGCUACUGGGAUUUCUUCUGGGAAUUCUGGAACUAUGAGACCUCCAAGGUGAUUGUAGUGAAGAAUCGGCAACUGGGAGUGAUCUACAGACUGGUCCAGCUGCUUAUCCUGGUCUAUUUUAUUUGGUAUGUGUUCAUCAUCCAGAAGGGUUACCAGGAGAGCGAGUCAGGCCCUGAGAGCUCUGUCAUCACCAAGGUGAAGGGAGUCACCCGCUCACAACAGAAAGUUUGGGAUGUGGAGGAGUACGUGAAGCCACCAGAGGGAGGGAGUGUAUUCAGUAUCAUCACCCGUGUCCAAGUCACCCCUUCACAGACUCAGAAGACCUGCCCUGAGAGUGCGAAGGUGCGCAGUGCCAUGUGUCGCUCUGAUAGUGACUGUGUGAUGGGUGACAUGGACAUGCUGGGGAAUGGAGAGAAGACCGGUCGCUGUGUCCCUGCCAAUAAGACCUGUGAGAUCAUGGCCUGGUGUCCAGUGGAAAAUGGAGCAGCUGCCAGUGAGGAGCUGGGGAAGAUGGCACCGGAGUUCACCAUCCUCAUCAAGAAUAACAUUCAUUUCCCUCGCUUCCGCUUUUCCAAAGGGAACAUCAAGGAAAACAAAGAUGGCUACCUGAGGAAUUGCACCUUCAAUGAGACCACGGAUCUCUACUGUCCCAUCUUCAAGCUGGGCUUCAUUGUGGCACAAGCAGGCGAGAACUUCACUGAGCUGGCUGAAACGGGUGGUGUGAUUGGAGUUAUCAUCAACUGGAAUUGUAACCUGGACCUGCCGGACUCCACAUGCAACCCCCGAUAUUCCUUCCGCAGGCUGGAUCCCAAGUGGGCUCAGGCGUCCUCUGGCUACAAUUACAGGUUUGCCAAGUAUUACCAGUGCAGCGGGAAGAGCACUCGCACCUUGAUCAAGGCCUAUGGGAUUCGCAUUGAUGUGAUUGUGCAUGGGCAAGCAGGCAAGUUCAGUCUUAUUCCCACCAUCAUUAACUUGGCCACAGCCUUGACAUCUGUGGGAGUGGGUUCCUUCCUCUGCGACUGGAUUUUAUUGACCUUCAUGAACAAGAAUGAAGUGUACAGUGCUCGAAAGUUUGACCAGAUGACCAAGAGCCCAAAGAUGACCCCAACCACGGAAUUCAGCACUAGCACUUCCUGCACCCCGGACUCCUCGCUUGCAGAUUCCAAGGCUCCUAUCCACCUCUGAGCCACGGGCCCUGUGCCUCUUCCCAAGUUUCCAGGCCUGCUCAUGCAUCUGAUGGACUCAUCUCUUUCCCUCUGACUGCUCCUGCUGUAAUAAAUUCA